AUGGUCGUCACUAAACGCAAGACACCGUCGAUCGGUUCCCCAUCCUCCUCUACAACGGCCUCAAGUCGUUCCUCGACGCCCAGCACGGCUACCCAACGAGCUUCACGCCGUCGAUCGGUUCUCGAGAUGUCGACCUCGCCUUCGUCGACCCGGCCGAGCUCGGUUUCGCCGCCCCCUGCUCAGGACAAAGCCCCCAAGCCGGUGGAGCUCGACAACGACAGCGAUGACGACGACGAAGUGUCGAACGAGCUGAUCCCCGCGCGCGCGGAUGAUGAUGCUCCUUACAUGCCGUACCAACAGCCUGAACGAGGCGGCGGCGGCUCAAAGUCUCGCAACAUCUUGGGCGUCAGUCACUUUUGGGUCCCAUUCAUACGCGACGUCAAAAGCGGGUCACACGGCGCUGAUUGCUGUCGUCGGCUUCACACAGGACAAGAGCGCCUUGUUGCAGACCGAAGCGGUCAAGAAGCAUUUGGCCCAACUGAUUGAAAAGACCGAACAGUAUGUCGAGUCCGUAUCGUCGAACGUGAGUGUCGGGCCGCGCCGAUCGCGACGGCCGACGGCGCUGGCGGUGACGACCGGCUUCAAAUCUGAUCUCACCACCGACGAUUGACUGACGUCUCCUCUGGAACCUUAUUCCAAUCUCACUUUCGCGAACGGCUGCCUGAACGAUCACCUCCAUCAGUUCAAAGACUUUGAAACCCGACCCAACUUUUUCGACGAGACGAUCGAAGAAAGGGCCCACAACGGCGUGCCGGCGACGAGCGUUAAGCAACGGCGCAAGCUCGCCAAAGCCGCCGGUUUGGCCCAACUCGAUCAACCCAAGGCCAUCACCGGCGGCGUGUUGAAGGAUUAUCAGUCCUUGGGCGUACGAUGGCUCGCGGCGAGGUGGAUGGGCAUCAAGGGGGCUUUGUUGGCGGAUGAGAUGGUUCGUUUUGUCGGAGGAUCUCUGGAGUGCUCAGCAAAGAAAUGUGGUCUGAUUCUUCUUCGCGAGCUGCACAGGGCACGGGCAAGACGUUGCAGACGAUCGCGUUCCUGUCCUUCGUUCGGGCGAUCAAGCUCGAAUCGAUACAACAGGACCCUUCCGAGACGUUCAAUUUCCAUAUGGUCGUAGCACCCAAAGCCGUCUUGCGCGCAUGGGCCAACGAGUGCCGGAGGUGAGUUUCCGGCAUGCGUGGGUCCGAUCAACUUCCAUUGAGCUCAUCUUGCGUGUGUAUGAUAGAUUUGCCCCUCACCUGCCUAUUGUCGUCUACGAUGGUGACAAACAUGUCCGCGAGGCGAUCCGCAAGGACGCGCUCGGAAUCUCACCUCGGCGCAAACUCAAGCCCGAGGAGACUCCCGUCAUCCUGACGACGUGUGCGUGCAUGUACAAUCGGUUUGGUCUUGCGCCGUUGUGUGCUGAUUUAUGUGUGUACAUCGCAACCACAGUCGACCACGCACGACGAGAUGCGAACGAACUUUCCAAACUGCACUACGACGUGCUCGUCAUUGACGAAGCGCAGCGCAUCAAAAAUUCGACGACCAAGACUUACCAACGCCUUGUUGGCUUCCAAUCCGAGUUCCGACUAUUGCUCACCGGAACACCACUGCAGAACGACUUGCAGGAGCUGUUCGCGCUGUUGUCCUUCAUCUUGCCCGAGAUCUUCAACGACGUCGAAGCGUGGGAGGCGCAGUUCAACUUUGAAGGCUUGACGGGCGAGGAUGGGCAUGCUCUGUCCAAGCAGGAUCAAAUUCAGGUCUUGGUCGCCAAGUUGCAUUUGAUCUUAAAACCGUUCAUGUUGAGGAGGAUCAAGAAGGACGUGGAACGACAUUUGCCGCUCAAGAAGGAGUGAGUGGCGGUUCGGAGCGAGGGGCUUCAUAUUCUCCGAAUUUCGUUCACUUAUUCCAUAGCCUCGCAGAUAUGUGCUCAAGUGCCCCAUGACACCUAGGCAGCAUGAGCUGUACGAGGCGGCACGAACGUGAGUUUACAGGAGGGGCUAGGAUACUGGGUGAAAAGAAGACUGACCCGUGAACUUCGAACCGCUUGCAUUCGAACAGCAAGGACUUGCGAGCUUUGCUCAUCAAGGAGAAGACGGUCGAGAAGAAGAAAAAGAUCGAAAUUGAGGAAGACGUCUCGGGUAGUGCACGAAAGCGACAAAAGACGCGCAAGAACUACGAGGAAGAAGACUUCAACGAAUGGUACGACAAGGCCAUGGCUGAUGAAGUGGACCUGACGACCGCGAGCGACGACGAGGACGCGUUGAUCCAAAGCAAGAACAAGCAAGCGACGAGCGCGAUCAACAACAAGAAACUUGCUUCUGUCAUCAUGUCCUUGCGUCAGAUCGCUUGUCACCCUUACCUCAUUGGACAACCGGAUGCGAACGAGGACUUUUACAAGGAGCUGGUCUCGGCUUCGGGCAAGCUGCAAAUGCUGGAUCGCAUCUUGCCUGAAUUGUUCACGAAGCAACACAAGGUCCUUAUAUUUUCGCAGUUCACGACCAUGUUGGAUCUGUUGGCAGAUUACUUUGAUAGCAAGGACUGGGGAUACUAUCGACUCGAUGGAGCGAACAAGCCUGAGCAGGAACAGAUGGAUGAUUUCAAUACCGAUACCUCGGAGGAUUGUGAGUUCUCUCUCGUUUCCCAGUUCUGGGCCUGCUCGGGGCGCUGAGCCGCAAGAAUGAAUUCGUAGCUUGCAAACUCUUUUUGCUUUCGACUCGUGCGGGAGGUGUGGGGAUCACCCUAACUGGGGCCGAUACCGUCAUCUUGUUCGAUUCGGAUUGGAACCCACAAAAGUUAGUCCGCUAGAGGAACUGUUCAUGUUCCACGAAAGAUGUCUGACCACCUCUUCAUCCUGUCAUCCUAGUGAUCUACAAGCGAUGGACCGAGCUCACCGCAUCGGACAAACCAAGCCCGUCCUCGUCUUCCGUCUCGAAACGGACGCCUCCAUCGACUCCCUCAUCAUCGAGCGAGCGACCCGCAAACGCAAGCUCGAAAAAGUCGUUCUAGGCGAAGGAACUUUCCGAGGCUCCAUGGACGCCGAUGUUGUCGUCGAUGACGUCUUACUCAAAACGACAAACAAGGGCAAACGCACGCAUAAAGCUGCGGGUUUGGCCGAUUCGAGUACCAAGGCGCCUAGUCAAGCAACGAUCAUGCAUGAUUUGGCCGAACGGUUGGCUUCGACCAAAGGGGAGACGAUUGAAUUUGAUAAAUUGGGGAAAGUCUUGAGUGAUGAGCAGAUGGAGGAGUUGUUGGAUCGAUCGGUGAGUGGUUCACUGCCCUCAGGGGGGAACGCCGGGAGGCUCGAUAAUUGACGAAAAUCCUUGAUCUCGUAUGACAGGACAAUGCGAUGCAACCCCGACCCAGCAAAGGAUCCCCUUCCAAAUCGAAGAAACAAGGUCGGGACCGAACACGUUCAGGUGGGGUAUUCACAGCCGUUCAAACUAUCGUCGAGGACGAAGAGGAAGGCUCGCCACCCGCUUUGAUGGACGAUCUCUUCGCUGUUGGGGAGGCUCAAGAGGUCGAGGAGGAUGAGGUGUUGCAGUGA